UUCUUGGAAGGCAUGCGGCUCGGGCGAACGUGUGAUGGGGCUGAAGGCUGGGGCUUUGUUUCCUUUCUCUGGCUUCUCCCCCGCACUUUCAGACUUCAUUGUUGCAAGGAGGUGUUUUCUCCCCACGUGCGUGCGGGGGACUCAGCGAAGAGAUUCAUUCGAGAGUCCUGGAAUUCAGUUUCAGAUGUGUGGGAUGGGGGAUGAAUCGGGGGCCUAAACGUUCCCACGGAACCGUAUUUGGAGGUGGCGAGAUUCAGGAAGAGAAGCAGGAAUUGAAAGCAGCAGACCGCUUGCAGCUGGAGAACAACCGCCACAGCAUGGGAUUUAAGCUGGUCAGCACAUAAUGCUCAAAUGCGCCUCCAACAGGCCUGUCCCCGUGAAGCUCCUUCUCUGCAAUGAACACUUUGGCAAAGUGCAACAGAAGCCUUCCUGCUUGACGGAUCUAAAUGUGACCCCUUUGAGCACCAUGGAGUCCUUCGCGGUGGUAGCGGAGUACGACUCUACUUCCAGUACCACGCCAGGCCGGCCGGAGGGGCUGGUGGAUGAGGAACCGAUGGAGCCGUGUGAGGAGCAGACCCUUGCUCCAGAUCCUGGAGGUCUUGAAGAACCAAGCUUGUCCAACUCUUCGAGGACUUCCUCCAGAGAGACAAGGGAACCUUGGGUCAAAGUGAACCUUUCAAGUCGCAAGCUCUCUCUCCAAGAGAGGUCUCCGUCUGCCCAGUCCCCCGGCGGGAGCAUGGGGGUUAAUGGGCGCUACAUUUAUCCUUCCCUUCCUUACUCCCCUGUUACUUCGCCGCAUUCUUCACCCCGUCUGCCCCGGAGGCCGACCAUAGAGUCCCACAGAGUUUCUAUCACGGGACUGCAGGACUGUGUGCAACUCAAUCAAUACACACUGAAGGAUGAAAUUGGGAAGGGCUCCUAUGGAGUUGUGAAGCUGGCAUACAAUGAAGAUGACAACACUUACUAUGCAAUGAAAGUGCUUUCCAAGAAGAAGCUGAUGAGGCAAGCCGGCUUCCCACGCCGCCCCCCUCCUCGCGGUGCCAAGCUCCCCCUGGAAGGCUUCUGCCAGCCCAGAGGACCCAUUGAGCAGGUGUACCAAGAGAUCGCCAUCUUGAAGAAGCUCGAUCACCCAAAUGUUGUGAAACUGGUGGAGGUACUAGAUGACCCCACGGAGGAUCACUUGUACAUGGUGUUUGAACUUGUGAAAAAAGGGCCUGUGAUGGAAGUUCCCAAUCUGAAACCUCUUACUGAAGACCAGGCACGCUUCUACUUCCAAGACCUGAUCAAAGGCAUUGAAUACUUGCACUACCAAAAAAUUAUCCACCGGGAUAUUAAGCCUUCCAAUCUUUUGGUCGGAGAAGAUGGUCACAUCAAAAUUGCCGAUUUUGGCGUGAGUAAUGAAUUCAAAGGGUCGGAUGCCCUGUUAACCAACACGGUGGGCACACCAGCAUUUAUGGCACCAGAGACACUCUCUGAAACCAGAAAAAUAUUUUCUGGAAAGGCUUUAGAUGUCUGGGCAAUGGGAAUCACACUGUACUGUUUUGUCUUCGGACAGUGUCCUUUUAUGGAUGAGCGGAUCCUGAGUUUGCACAGCAAAAUCAAGAGCCAGAUGUUGGAAUUUCCAGACCAACCAGACAUUUCUGAUGAACUGAAGGAUCUUAUAACACAAAUGCUGGACAAAAAACCUGAAUCCAGGAUCACUGUCCCAGAAAUUAAGCUGCAUCCGUGGGUCACCAAGAAUGGAACGGAACCGUUGCCGACUGAGGAUGAAAAUUGCACGCUGAUUGAGGUAACCGAAGAAGAGGUUGAGAAUUCAGUCAAACACAUCCCAAGCUUAGCCACUGUGAUCCUGGUAAAAUCCAUGAUCAGGAAAAGAUCUUUUGGGAAUCCAUUUGAGGGGAGUAGAAGAGAAGAAAGAUUUCUGUCUGCACCGGACAGACAGACAUACUUGAUCAGAAAACAAAGUAGUGAAGAGGCCUUCAGGGGCAUUAAUGAUCUGCCAAAUGUCAGUGAAGAUGAACUGCUUUCUUGAAAAAAU